CGCAAGAAACGCUCUUGCUCCGCUGCUCUCCACUUUCUCAUCUCGCUCUUCUCUCUGAGCCCUAAUUUCGAUCUACAAUCUGUUGCCGGAACCUUAGUUACCAUCUUUCGGAUAGCUUGCUGGCUGUUUCUUCAACUUCCUGGAUCGAUCGUGGGAAGCGAAGUGGCUUUUUCCGGCGGUCUUGGUCCGAGAGAACCACUAGGGCUCCGCCGUGAGGAAAUGAGGGAUGUUUUCAUGGCUGGGGAGAACUGCGUUGGCGUGCUUGGCCCCGGUCCGGAGGUACGUGCGUAUGAACAAGGAUGAGGAAGCGGACGACGCUCUUUUCUGGUCGCAGGACAAUGGGGAGCAUUCGGCGGGCGGAUGUGCAGUUCGGUCGUGCAGGGACAUUGGGGAGCAUUCGGCGGGGGAAUUCUCAUUUGCGGUCGUGCAGGCUAAUGAACGCAUCGAGGACCAUAGCCAGGUUGAGACGGGGCCGAUGGGCACCUUUGUCGGUGUAUACGAUGGCCAUGGUGGCCCCGAGGCCGCUCGAUUCAUCGCGGAUCACCUCUUUCUCCAUUUCAUUAGGAUUGCUCGAGAGAGCGGCACAGUUUCGGAGGAUAUAAUUAGAAAUGCUUUCUCUGCAACUGAGGAUGGAUUUCUGGCACUUGUACGAAGAACAAGGCAACUGAAACCAUCAAUGGCCACCGUUGGAUCGUGCUGUUUGGUGGGAGUAAUUUGGAGAGGCACAUUAUAUGUUGCUAAUUUGGGAGAUUCGAGAGCCGUGAUUGGUUGUUUAAGCAGAUCCAAUAGCAUAAUCGCAGAGCAAUUGACUCGUGAUCAUAAUGCCUCUAUGGAGGAAGUUAGACAUGAACUCAGAUCCCUUCACCCGGAUGAUCCUCAGAUUGUGGUAAUGAAACAUGGGGUUUGGAGAAUCAAAGGCAUCAUACAGAUUUCAAGAUCUAUAGGUGAUGCAUAUUUAAAGAGACCCGAAAUCAAAGUUGACUCGUCCUUCCCACGUUUCCAGCUAUCAGAACCACUCCGCAGAUCUGUUCUAAGUGCCGAACCAGCCGUUUACAGCAGAGUCCUGAACCCCCAGGAUAAAUUUGUAAUCUUUGCCUCCGAUGGACUUUGGGAGCAGUUGACCAAUCAACAGGCCGUCGAAAUUGUCUCCAAAUUUCCCAGACCGGGCAUUGCGAGGAGGCUCGUCAGAUCAGCAUUGGAUGUGGCGGCGAAGAAGAGGGAAAUGCGGUAUUCGGAUCUGAAGAAGCUUGAAAAGGGAAUACGCCGUUUUUUCCACGACGACAUCACCGUCAUCGUCGUCUUCAUCGACCAUGGAUCGAUGUUGCUGGAGCCAAAUACGUCAGUGCCGGAGCUCUCCGUCAGAGCCUUCAUUGAUGCUUCAGGAAUCUCAGAAUUCUCAGCCUUGGAAGGGUUGGUAACUGCCACUGGAACCUCAUCUGUUUGACCUUUAGAUGCCUCUCUCUCUCUCUUUUCUGCUUUGCAUUUUUCUUCUCCAUAGCUUUGGUUGCAUAUUUUUGCCUAUAUACAGAAUUAGUGUUGCUGCUCAAUCUUUUUGGGGUUACAGGAAAUUUUUGUUUUUGUUUUUAAUUUUGUUUGUUAGGUCUAGUCCAGAAUAUUGUUUCAUCUUAGUAUAAUCUUUUGUGAUUAGUUGGAUAUAUGUAUCUGGAACUAGUUGACCAUCAA